UAACACGGCCAUGGUCGGUUGAGGAAUGCCUGUCGCACGGCGGUUCGGAAGUGGAAAGCAGUUCAGGGUGUUGUGCGCUUGAGCUGAUUUGCUACAAAGCGGCAAUUGCCGCUCGGCUGCUGGCAGGUUGACCAGCAUUGGUAGGUGAACGCUUGCCUGUUUCUCGCGGGCAGUUUAUUAGCGCAUUGGAAGUGUACGAGGGUGGACGUCGUGCGAUUGUCGUUAGAAAGUUAGUUACGUUUAGAGUAACAGUUUUGCGGCCACGGUAAACGGUCGCAUACGCGGAGCGUAGUUUGUAAUUUCGAAGCCAAGAUAAGUGAUUAACUGAAAUGUGGAGAAUUCAUUAAACCGGAAGCAGGAGUGCUCUGUGAUUCCGUUGAGGAAAUAAGUGCAGCUUUGUCUCCUCGAGAGUUUAUAGCGACGAGAAGUGUACAAUUGGUGUUGCGAUUAAACAAUCCGUGAAAUAAAUUAGUUGGCAAGUUGGUGCUUAAGCUCCUUGCCUCCCAACUUCACUGCACCUCGCGUGGAAAGACGUUGCCGAUACAAAUUUGCGCCACUGUCAAUCCACUUUGUGCACCGAUCGGAAUUUAUUGUCAAUCUUACCGCGGCCACAAGUGGAUGCUUCCACGUUGGGAAUGGUUUCAUGUGAAUUUGACCUUAGAUAAUUCGCAAGCUUCUAUCAUUUGAUAAACUUUCGAUAUGAAUAAUAGAGUUAACUUACGACUGUUUUUCGCCAUUGUGGUGUUAAUGGGCAGUUUUUGGUCAUGCAAGGGCAAAUCGUGGACUAGAAGUAACGAAGCAGAAAACGAUUACAGGACACACUCAAGAAGGCACAGCUAUUUGCGGCAUCUAGAAAAGGAUUUAGAUCUACCUGCGUGGGUAUAUAACGAGAGCUUCAUCCUCACAGAUAAUCUUGAGGAUGGAGAAGGUGAAAGGAGGAUUUCAUCGGAAGGGAUCGCCGCGAAGGAAACCAGUGUAGUACACUCGAAUGGCAAAGCACUAAGCCUUUUGCAAAUAUCAAACGGCCAUGGUUUCAUACAGUUAAUUUACUCAAGCCUCGGUGAACUUGUUGACUGUGAAUAUAUUCGGCAAAAACCAUUAGUUAUUGGGUUUUUAAGAAAAUUUUACGAUGACGUUGAUGUAGUACGUUCGCGAAACUUCACGUCGCCACAAUACAAACCUAGAGGCAAAUCGCUUAUAUCCAACCAUGAGUUCCGGAGAUACAUUGACGACAACAUUAUUCCAGACGAAUUUUACGAUUUGGAUGAGAUGACACCUGCUGCAGAUGCGUUUAGUAUGAGAAAUCUAUCGUACAAGAGGAUCAAGGACAAGCAAGACAUUCCCACGGAUAUGAGACGUUGGUUGAAUUUCAACGAAUUGAAAACUACGUGCACUGAAAAGCACCGGCAAAUGAAACAACUCGUACAAAAAAUGAGCAGUAUAGACGAAAAUGCUCGAAAAAAUGCCACCGAACAUUUCAACAGGCAACGUAGAGACUUAGCAAGCUUUCUAAGAGUACCUGGGACAAAGUGGUGCGGCAAAGGUUGGAGUGCGACAAAAUAUGCUGAUUUGGGAGGAUAUUCAAAAACUGACCGAUGCUGUCGGCAACAUGAUAAAUCGUGUCCUUUUUGGAUUAUGGGAUUCGAGACAAAAUACGGUUUAUUCAAUUGGCGCAUUAAUACCCUAAUGCAUUGUAAAUGCGAUGAAAGGUUUCGCACUUGCCUAAAGAUGGCCGACUCUCCGGAUGCGAAUUUGGUUGGCAAAUUGUUUUUCAAUAUUGUGCAGACAAAGUGCUUUGUCUUGAAACCGGAAAAGGUCUGCAAACGAACAUCAUGGUGGGGCAAAUGCGAGGAACGUUCACUCCGGAAGAGAGCACAUAUUCGCGACAAUAGGCAGUUUUAAUAGACUGUCUAGUUUACCUUAAUACUCCGAUAUUGUUGCCAAGAGUUCUUGUCCUAAAAUAUUUUAUUUAAGAAAAUCAAUCCUUGACGAGAAAUUAAAAUAGUGAAUACCUAAAGAAUCUCAAAUACUAGGUAGAUUCAGCCUAAUCUUUACUACUUUGAAGUCAUGGCAAACUUUCAAAAAUGUGAUUCAUAGAUAUAUAGUCUUUUUGAACUUCAUUUAAUUUUCCAAUACUUAACUUAAACAACAUAGAGUAAGGAAACAAUGUUCCUAAAUGAAUAUAAGAAUUGUUCUUAGCAUUUAAUAUAAGUUUCUAUAGUAGUAAAUUAGGUGUAAUGGGUGUAGCAUAGGACUUUCGGUUAAUAUUUUAAAUGCUAUUGUAAAUAUCUAUUUAAUCGUAUAGUCGAAUUGAAGCUGCAGUGUGAUUUUAUUUUCUUGAUAUAUAUAUACAGUUAGUUAAAAAAGUCUUAAGUCAACUUCGUACAUCAUUUUAGGGAUCACUGAUUUCUACGACUGUCAAUACAGGGCAAAAUAUUAAUUAAAUAGAGAGGCCAUUGUACUUUAAGGCUAAGUUACUCGAAAUAUAAAAAAAAGGAAAAUUUCAAGUUCA